AUCAAAUUUCUGAAGAACAUUUACUUUUUCAAGAUUCUGCUGAUAAUGCAAUAAUAUUAGAUUCAUUAUCUAAUUGUGGGACUGGUUUUGAUACAUUUAACAUUCAAAUACUUAAUAAGCUCCAGCUAUCCGACAAUGCUAAAAUAUCAACUGCAUUUAUAACAUUUUCAUCAUCUGGAACAGUAACUCAACGUGAUGUCAUUUCGACUGAUGACCUCUUAAAGAUUCAAACGGUUAAAAUACAAGAUAUUUCGGUCUUUCCAUUAUCUAGUUACAAACUAUUUGAAAUUGUUAACGAAACAAUAGUAGCGGUAGAUUAUGAUGCUUAUAAUAAUAAUACUUUAUGGCUUACAUAUGGUAAUAGUACGGUUGGCUGCAAGUUGGAUGUGAAACGAUUUGUUAAUGAUUGUGC